AGUUAAGGUCACGCUUCACCCCGUGCACAAAUAUGGCUAACAUUGAGCUGGAAACGGAGGACAAGCUGGAGUACCGCUUCGUGCCGGCCGGUAACGGAGUGGUCAACUUUAAGGUUCGUGCACCGAACGAUGCACACAUCGCCCUUACCACCAACCCGGAGGAGGCGGAUCCCAUGCUGGAGGUGUUUAUCGGUGGGUGGAAGAACACGAAAUCGGUCAUUCGCAAGAACCGCACCAAGCCGGACGUUGCGGAGGUGGAAACGCCCGACAUUCUGAAUGCUGGAGAGUUCCGUGGCUUUUGGAUCCGAUGGCACGACAAUGUGAUUACGGUUGGUAAUGAAGGAUCGGCCGCCGCCUUUCUAUCGUACGAAAAUCCGGAACCCUUCCCGAUCAAUUGUGUCGGAUUCUGCACUGGUUGGGGCGCUACCGGUUCGUGGCUUAUCGAACCACCAUCAGAACAGGCCAGCCCAUCCGCACCGACAGCUGCUGCGUUGCGCAGUGGUGGUGGUGCUGCCUGUUGGGUAGCGGCCGCCAACGGUGAAAUUCCUCCGAACGCUGUUGUCGGCGGUACCGAUGGAGAAGACAUGUACAUUGGGCGUGCCCAGCACGAGGGUGGCAUUAUACCGGGCAAGGUGGUAGCAUCGCACGGUGUGUGCUACAUUGCGUGGGGCGGUGUCGAAAACCCUAAAGCAGAGUACGAAGUGUUGUGUGAUUUCAACGGAGAGUUUGUACCGGCCACCGGUGGAGACAUUCCGCCGACCGCUCUGCCGGCGGGCGAAUCUGAGGAUGGGGAGCCACUGUUCAUUGGGCGUGUUACGCACGAGGGCUCUGUGACGGUGGGCAAGGUACAGCCGUCGCAUGGCGUUUGCUACAUUCCGUACGGUGGCCAGGAGCUCGCCUUUGCCGAGUAUGAGAUCUACGUCAAUCCGUAGGACGCUAAAUGGGACG